UGAAUGUCAUUUAAUUUGAGAUGCUUGAUUUUUCCCUUAUCCAGUCGCCCCAUUGGCAAUCGUCUUGUCUAACGCAUCUUCUCGACAUUCACACCAUUGCUCAACUUGACGCCAAUGACCCAAUGGGACAAGGGCUUCCGUGAUCUUCGACAGCCCGUGAAUUAAUUAAUAUUUGUGUUGAAAGGCAUAUCAAGAUUUUACGCCCUUUUCCUUUCAAAUUACAAAAUAGUGUUCCAAUUGAUGAAUGACUGGGGUAGUUCCACUACAAUUGUUUCCCUGAGGUGACAUGAACCAACACAGCAGAAUCUCCAGGCAGCAGUCAUAAGAAACACAAAAAGAGGAAAAAGAAGCACAAGAAGAGGCGUGAAAGUAUGCCAGAAGAGCUGGAGUUCAGCUCCCCGCCGCCGACCACGGGGGGCUUCAAGCCAGCCAUCAAACUCAAGCUGAAACUGGGCAACGAAACCAUGGGAACAAAGAGUUUCACAUCCACUAUAGAGCAGCCUGCACUGCCCAGUACCAUUACAGCAUCAACAGCAGCAGCAUCAACAGCAGCAGCAGCAUCAACAGCAGCAGCAUCAGGACUGCCCACUGAAGAGACAUACGUUAAUGUCACUGAUGAACCUUGGGUUGUGGCCCCCAGCGAGAUGCAACCCGCAGCAGAGGACGACACAUUCAAGACCAAGAAGCCAGGCGACGAGACGUCAGAUGAGGAGAAGGCGUGGCUCGAUGCCUUGGAAGCAGGCAAGCUGGACGAUUUCGAGGAGAGACAGAAGCACAAGGACCCCAAACUUCUUACAGCAAGACAGAGGGCGCUGAUCCACGGCAAGCAGGAGGAGGAGCUCAUGCAGCUGCCGUCAGGUUACAAGAACGUCCAGCUCACGGAGGAGCAACUUCAGAGACGUCAACAGCGGGCAAAGAAGAGGCGGCAGCAGGCACAUGAGAAGAGGGAGAAGGAUAAAAAGCAAACCCUCGACCGACUCUUAAAGAAACAGGAGUCGAAGCAGAAGGGACCACGGGGCCGUGGCUCCAAGCGUGCCAACAUCCCGAGGUACCACUACUCCAGCACCAGUGAGAACAUCACCAUCUCGGUGCCAGCCGGCUACAGCUUUCCCUUCCCUCCACAAGCAGCCAAGGCGCUCACGAAGACAACCAAGUGCGGUGUGAGUGGCUGCAGCAAUCACAAGAAGUAUGCGUGUUCCAGGACGGGGGUGCCGCUCUGCAGCCUAGAGUGCUACAAGACAAACCUUGCACUCCACAGCCAUGUCAGGAUAGUGCCGCCAACAUGACCAUUAUGUCAUGGAAACUUGAGGAUUUGAAGGAUUCUGCAUUUUCUUUGACAGCCCUGGUAACAUUAACAAAGGUGUCUCGAAUGUUUGCCAUGGUUACCAGAACAAGUUGUCCUGUAAUGGAAACGGAUGCAGUGAAGAUGAAUAAGUGACUGUCGUCCUGUCUGUUGCCAUGGUUACAACAAAGAGUUGUCUCGAAUGUUUUCCAUGGUUACAACAACAAGUUGUCCUGUAAUGGUAACGGAUGCAGUGAAGAUGUAUAUAUACGACUGUAGUCCUGCUUGUUGGCAUGGUUACAACAAGUUGUCCUGUAAUGGUAACGGAUGCAGUGAAGAUGUAUAAGUGACUUUAGUCCUGAUUGUUGCUGUGGUUACAUCAAUGUUUGCUCACCACUGUGUACAAGGGAACCAUCUAUAAGCACCAACCAGCUCGCAACCUGACUAUUUUGCCUUUACACUUUGUGUAACAGUUUUGCUGAUUAAAAUAAAAUGGUUGACUUUGUUACUUAAGUCCUGUGUCGGAUAAUAUUAGUUAGCGAGGGUUCAGCAGAGGCCAAUAUAUUUUUGUUAACCUAAUUGGACACUUUACAUCAACUAAAGACACCAUAACGAAUUUAGUCUGCCGAAAUGUUUCCACUCUCUUGUAUCUUUAUCGCACAUGCACAUUGACACUUACAAGGGUUAGGGUUAAGGGGAGACUUCUCUUCUAAUCUUAGACACUUACAAGGGUUAGGGUUAACGGGAGACUUCUCAUCUAAUCUUAGAGGCCAAACCUUGUUGAAAGUGUCUACUCUUAUCACCAUCAAUAAGUUCUUGGAACGUGAUUCGUUUAAAUGUAAUGGCUUUGUACAUCACAGUCAAUGAUAUAAAAACAAAGAUCUGUGUCAAAUAACAAAUUUCUGUUCCAGUUCAUGUGAAAUAUGCAAGGUGGGUCUUAGAAAAAUCCAAGAUGGCUGUUACUGAUGGGAUAGUCCCAUAUUAGGUCAGUAGAAACCAUCUUGGAUAUUUGCUGAGGUAUACAGGUUCAUAUGGGGUUAGCCGUUCUGCUCUCUAAUUGAUCAAUCUCACUUUGAGGCAUAAUAACAAAUAAUAUGUGAGUUUGUUUCUUCUGUUCUGUAAGGCAAUGGGACUAAAGUUUAGUCACUAAACAUAUAUUGAUGCCCAAAUAUACAGCCAUGUUCUCAAAACUUGGUAGGUUACUUCUUGAGAUGAAGGGGCGAUGGGAUAGAGGGAUAGCCUGGUGGUUAAAGCCUUCACAUGUCAAGUCGAAGACCUUGGCUUGAUUUCUCCACAUGGGUACAAUGUGUGAAGCCCAUUUCUGGUGUCCCCCCACCGUGAUAUUGCUGGAAUAUUGCUAAAAGAGGCAUAAAACCUAAGUCACUCACUCACUCAUGCAGCACUCGCACGCUCAGGAGGAAGACAGAGCAGGUGGUCAGAAAUACAGAUUAUUUAUUCAUUUGAAGAAGUGUGAAAAGGUUAACAAUAAUUAUACUGGGCCCCUGAUGCGUGUCAUCACUGUACUUGUACAUCAGUGUGAUGGCUGGUCAUGUUUGUUCCAGAAAGAGAUUAAACAAAAAUAUUAUGUGAA